UGGCGGUUGCCAGCCCCAGCGAGAGCCGGGGGUGUCAGGCAGUCGGAGGAGGACGGCUGGCGGGCCUGUCUCUUUCAGGUGGCCGAGCCUUGCGGGCUCUGCGCAGAAGGAACGGCGGGAGGCGCGGCCUGGUCUCGCUCUUGCAGCCGCUGCGGCGCGCUCCGGGCUCGGCCGAGCCGCCGGGAAGCGGAGGGCAGGCGGCCUCUCGGCGCACGCUUCCUGGGAGUUACUGAUUAUCUUCUUUGAAGAAUCAUGAAGUCACCCUGUGUCAUCAUGCUUACCCUGGCAGGGCUGAUGCUCCUGAUGUGGCUCCCUGUGUCACUGAGCUGCAACAAAGCACUCUGUGCCAGCGACGUGAGCAAGUGCCUCAUCCAGGAGCUCUGCCAGUGCCGGCCUGGCGAAGGGAAUUGUUCCUGCUGUAAGGAGUGUAUGCUGUGUCUCGGGGCCCUCUGGGAUGAGUGCUGUGACUGCGUUGGUAUGUGUAAUCCCCGGAAUUACAGCGACACACCGCCAACUUCCAAGAGCACGGUGGAGGAGCUCCACGAGCCCAUCCCUUCUCUCUUCCGGGCGCUCACAGAAGGAGACACUCAGUUGAACUGGAACAUCGUCUCCUUCCCUGUUGCAGAAGAGCUUUCCCAUCAUGAGAAUCUGGUUUCAUUUUUAGAAACUGUGAACCAGCCACACCACCAAAACGUGUCUGUCCCCAGCAAUAACGUUCAUGCACCGUAUUCCAGUGACAAAGAACACCUGUGUACUGUGGUUUACUUUGAUGACUGCAUGUCCAUACAUCAGUGUAAAAUAUCCUGUGAGUCCAUGGGGGCAUCCAAGUAUCGCUGGUUCCACAAUGCCUGCUGCGAGUGUAUCGGCCCGGAGUGCAUUGACUAUGGGAGUAAAACUGUCAAAUGUAUGAACUGCAUGUUUUAAAGAAGGCAAAGAAAUACAACUCAAAGCAAUUUAGACAAAAUAAAAGUAUGAAAAGUUAAUCUAUUGGUUGCACCAGAAUGCCAGCAAGUUAAGAAGACAUACAGAACUUGGAAUGAGUUCCUUUCAAGGAUGACAAGCAGCAAUGUGUUAAAUCCCAUAAUUCUACCUGCUCUUAUUGACUGCGUCGCCCAGUAGCAGUAUGCCCUUGCCUUUGAAUACGUGUCCAGCUCUGAUCAUAGAAGCAGGUGCGUGGAGAAUUCCUUCACAGAUCUGAGGUUGUCAACAUAAAUGCGACGCUGUGUUCUAGCGCUCUGGAAGCUUUUUGUCUUGGAAGUGCUAGUGGAAGCCUGUUAAUGUGAGUUAUGACCUAUGUGCUGCCCUGGGACACUGAGUCUUUCUACUUGUUUGCCUUCCUCACUGUGCCUUAUGUUGUUUAUCUGUUUGAUAAGUAGAUAUUCAAAUAUAUCACUCGAGAACGUGCAGAAA